CGGAGCCUUAAUUUGCUCUUUUGAACCAUUUUGUCAUGAACAACAGCAAUCAGAAUACGACAACUUUAAAUAAUAAUGGAGAUGCAACACGCAUGUUUAUGACUCAUGUGAAAGAGAUGUUGCUAUCUUUACCUCCUUUCUCUGUUUUUGCGUUGAUUGUACCCUAUGUGAUAUACUUAUUGGAUAACAUAUUAUUAUUGGUGUAUUCACAAAGCAUAAGUCAGUGGUGCUUUCUUAGUGUGGAUAAAGUACUCAACGGUCUUCAAGUACAAAGGCUUGUUUUGUACCCACUUGGCUCUACUUCCUUUGCUAAGCUAUUGAUAACAACUAUUUGGCUAUUGCCAGAAUUGCACAAGUUGGAAAAAAGGCAUGGAACAAUCAAGGUUGCAUGGUUAACAUUUCUACUCUAUACACUUCUUCCUGGCUUAGGAUACGUGAUACUUGUUACUGUCAUAUCCUUUUCUAUGCCUACAUAUGAUCAAGGUCUAAAGGACGUCGUUUACGCUGGUAUGACAGGUUGGGUAGUUGCUUUAAUAUUCUGGUCCUAUUUAGAAGACGAUCGUAAUGGAUCCAGUGAUAACAGAAUGUUACCAGGUUCUAUUCGGAUACCAAACAAGGUGAUGCCAAUGUUGGCCUUGUUAUUCUUUGUAUUUCUAGUUCCUGACUCUUCCUUUCUGUUGAACUUGAUUUCUGCAGUCAUUGGCUAUCUCUACGUGCAUGAAAAAUUACCCAAGAUCUUGACUUCCUCUGACGAGUCAUUUGCAAGAUUUGAAAAGAAGCCAUGGUUAACUCCUCUUAUUUCUGCGCCCAAUUAUGUUCCUGUGAAUGAACAUGGAGUGUAUCUACCUAUUACUAACCCAAAUAGUACUUCAUUUGCCAAUACCUCUUAUUCAAAUAACAACAACAGCAGCAACACAGCGUCAUCACCAGGCAGUUUCCCUGGCCAAGGUUAUCGCCUUGGUUCUUCAUAACAUUAUAGACUUUGUUUAAUAAACAUACUUUAUCAUUAUCUAUCAUCUAUAGUGUUAGAAGAUAUCAG